UUUGUUAGAACUAAGUAUUGCCUAUAAUGAACGUUAAAAACUUGUAUGGACGUUAUUUUUUCAUUGGAGAGUCUCAUCAUUCGAGGACAUGACGUCAUCAUCACCGCAAGGACGAAAACAUCUGAAGAGCGUUAAUAAGAUCACUUUUCGGUCACUUGAGGAUGAGCGCCGCAUCGACAAUGCUUUCCAACCAAUCCGCGAUCGAACUAAUUCGGAAAACAGGGUUUAUAAUAUUAAUAAUUCGGAGAAAUACAAGAAGCUCACCCAUACAUCGUUUAGUCAUAGGAUCAACAAUUCAGGGUCGACUAGCAGGGAGUCUAACCUGCAUUCGGCUCAAAGCCCUAACCCUCCUCCUACACCUUCCAGCCCACGUGAUAGGCACACCUUGUGGCGCGAAAGUAUCUUUUAUCGAAAGAACAAAAUUGCCAAAUCAAACGAUUCCCUCCUAGAAACAACGCCCAGUCCAAAACUAUCCCCAUCCAUAUCAAGAGGGGACACCUACGAGCUUAGGAAAGCUUUAAAUCGAGGAAACUCCGUUAAUGAAAUAGCCACGUGCGCCAAACGAGACUGCGAUGAUCUCCUAACUGGCUCAACCGAUCACCUUCGAAUCGACCCAAGGAAGUCCCGAUCCGAGCGUCAUCUCUUCAGCCUCUGCAAACUCAAACAAACCGCCAUCAGUGACUGUUUCUCCGAGGACGAAAUCUCAACAUCAGCACAUUUUCGCGACAAUAAGAAGAAUCGUCUGUCCUUAACCUCGAACUCAAUCAACCGACAAAAUGCGGUCAACGUUAAUUAUAGUAACAUUUCCAUUUUUCAAAGCUGCGAAGAGUCACCGAUGGAGGAACACAACGCUGACAGCUCACAGGAAACAUCGCCUCAUCAUCAGCAACAGAGUCACCAGAGCGUCUGUAAAAUUAUUGGGGGUGUUAAUGACCCGCCCAGUUCUAGCGAGGAGAAGACACCGCUGCUGGAGAGCAUGGAGCUCUCCCAGAUUAGUCCAACCGACUCGGAGUCAGAGCCACCUUUGUGAUAUCCUAAGACAGGAAGCACCAGCUUCGGCUAGAGCGGGGACAAGGACCUUUGGUAGAAGAGACUGUGCAUGUCUGAUAUCCAACAAAUGAUUCUUUAGAGACGAAAUUGCAAUAGUAGUUUACCACUGAGUAGUCCAUUGAAGUUCGAAACCUUCAUCUCCAGAGUUCUUGACAAAGAGUUUGUUCUAGAAACGUAGGGUAGCAUCGAGUAAGCAUUUGUUAGUAUGAGAUGUGCUCAGACUACUUUAGAUGUUGAGGCGUUCAGUGAAAACCGAGAAAGAUACUUCACUCAUCUGUAUUUAAGAAAACACCCUAACCAUCAAUGUUUACAAAGAUACAUCCGUAAUAGUCAGACAUUUAAUAAAUAAUAGAUCCUAGCUGACCCUAGCUGAUCCUCGCUGAUCCCAGCUUCGAAAAACAAGUUAUGGGUUGCUGCCUCACUACGCAGUCAAAAAAGGAGUCAUUAGACCGUUUUUGUCGUAAUUAGGCGAUCUGAUUCGGUUUCAUUCAAGCACAAAGGCCUAGUGACUGCUGGAAAUAUACUUUAAAACCCAACCGAAAAAAUAUCUGAGCUUUUACGAAAUUUUUUUAAAAAAAGGAUAACAUUACGUGCUUAGUGUAUUGUGCAUUAUUUACUAAAUAGCAGCAUCUUAAAAUUCAAAUUCAAAUCGUUGAUUGCUUCGUGUCCCUUGAUAUGCAUAUGUAUACUUAUAAGAAAGGAUAUUAUGUAUGUAAAUAUUAUAUUCACAUGAAUGUAUGUAUGGAAAAUUUAUUUAAAACAGAAAUUGCUUCAAAAUUACAGGCAAACACAAAACCUUUCAUUUGGGCGACACCUGCUUUGUAUUCAGUUUUUUUUUAAUGUGUCAAACAGAUAAAAGCAUAUGUCCUGUCCGUUUAUCGUAGUGUUAAAAUUCAUUUAUGUGCCGUUAAAAUUCUGUUAAAAUCAAUCUUCACGUCUUGCACCACUCAAAAUCCUGUUCAACUGCACUCCAAAAUCUACUGAGCAUCUUUGAACUCAAGCGAGCUACCAGGAAGCGAUUGGAUCUCCACUAAAUUCUUCCAUUAGUAAUUUGAAAUUACGUUGAACUCCUCAGACGAAAAGACAACCCCUUCCCCCUUUUUUCCACAGAUCCCUUAGUACCCCAAAUUAUUCAACACCAACAUUACUAAAAAACUAAAUAGAAUCUCCCAAGCGUGGGGAAACCAUAUGUCAACUCAAAAGGAGACUCCAGAAUUUCCAUUCUCUUUAAAAACAAGCCGUUACAACGACGAGUUAAAUCACUAACCUAAAACCUUCCUAAAAAAAACUAGCCAAGACGGUCAGCAAGGACAUCCUAGACGUGAAAACCAAAGCCAAAUAGGUAACCCCCCUUAAGAAUUUAACCAGCUCUGCAAUAAAGCAUACCCGCGACCAGAAUCCGCAGUUAUACCGUAAAGCAAACAGCAUAUCUGGCCGAGUAUCUAACGAAAGCAGAAUUGACCGCAAUAACCGACAAGGACCUUCCAAUCCUUAAGACUUCUGAAAGUAAAAAAGACCUCCAGCAUCAAAUUGAGGAUUCCAGAAACCCUCACCUUAACCAAAAACUGUCAAACCGCUUUCCAUGGCUCGACUUUCGCCACCCAAAUCAAACUCACCUACUAUUCUAGGAAAAUAGGGUAGCACUUCCCAAGGAAUGAAAAACACACAAACUAUACAAUCAAAAUUGGGACAUACCAAAAAAUAGUCUCUUCAUCGCAGAUCAACUUCCUUCUGCAAUACAAACUGGAACGUUUGCUUAUGCAUCCUCUCCACGACGAAGAUCAACCAGCAUCCUUCGCGCCAAAUGUCCCAAAAUUUCACCUACAAAAAUACAAGCUAAGUUAGACAGAAAGGUCUACAACCCAACAAUAAAUUUCACUAACUCAACACAAUGACAGGUCAACCAUACUUGUCAAGUCUCUCACAAAAAGGACGAAAAUCUACCUACAAAAAACUUCUAAUUCUCCAAUGUAUAUCCAAGGAACCGCUAUAAUUUUCGCGCCGUUCCAAAAGCAAAAAAUCCUAUCAAAAGGUAAGUGAAGCAAACCCCCUCCCAAAUUAUGGUUCUGGUUCGUCCCAGUUUCUUCUUCGUUUCAAGAUAACUUCAUAUCUUCUACAAAACAGAUGUAUGGGGAUCCGAGGAUCAGAAAGCAUAGCGAAAACUGGAUUCAGUUGUCCCCUUGCAAUGUUCUCCAUCCCGAGAUCUCGACCAACAGCUAGCACAGCCACGUCAUCCGCAUAAGCUUGAGCUACUUAAGGGAAAACUUUCGUCACUUCCGUUGUUAGGUAACGAUCAACACCCGCUAAAUCCACUCAACUAAAGCUUCACCAUCACCAUGGUCUCUGGCGACAUCACAGAGCUUUUGGAACCCUUCCUGCUGGUUUUCAUGUACUGGGUGCGACCUUAGUGCCUUCUCGCGAAUGUGAUCCUCAACGUGCUCUCCAGACAUUUCGGCGAAAAUGAUGUCAAGCCGAUUUGGCUCAAUUUCUGUAGAUUUGAAUAGUCAUCUUUCCCCAGCUAAAUAUUUUCACGCUACCAAAAAGAUAUCCAUUCAUUGAUAAGCAUGAACGCAAAAUUGACGUUGGAACUAAUGCGAAGAGAUGAAAAAUACUCUUCGGGAUCACAUUCAUCUUUAACGCUCAUUUGGACUUGUUCUUUCGUCUGCAAACCUUGGGCAAUCAUGGCAUUGUCUGAACCUUCUGGCCUAUUUAUCCAGGAUUUGAAAAAUUAUCCAGUCCAUUGCGCUGUAGACACUGCAUAUAAUAAGCAUUUUGGUCUCCAAUAUUUCCGCUCGGGUCAUUCCCAAAAAAUUAAAAAGAAGCCUACGCAUUAGCCGAUCCUAUUAAGGCUUGUCCAGAUAAUAUUUGGUAAACGGCAUGGAGAUGACCGCGUGUCCACUAACUUCACUUUGGCAACAUUCUUUACGGUCAUCAGUCGUAGAAUUUUCUGAAAGGAGAAUUGCAAGCACUCUAUUAUACAUCACAUUCCAUAGCAGAGGAUUCAGUACGGACCCUUGUGGUAACCUCGGUGUGCUCAAAAUACCCUCAGCCAAGCCAUGCCUCUUUCUCAAAAUCGAGAGCCAAACCCCUCUUGCGUAGAGCACAUUAGAUUCAGUCUCCGUUGGUGCUGUCUAAAGCGUUCUCGAAAUUGGUGAAAAGGGGAUGCAGCAAGGGCCUGGACCCCGCACGCUGCAUCAAAAUGUUCCGAAUUGUAUUAGUGCAGUAGAGUCCAAAGGGGAAUCAACCUGCUGCCUGUCGAUCAAAAUUUUUAGGUGUUCUUUGACAAUUUAACUAUUCACACUGGUUGCAGAAAGAUUUGUAUCGUGUCUGCAUGGUGGAUACCAACCGACUUAGCCGUGAAUGAGUACCGAAGCCAAAUCAGGAUGAUGAUCACGGGCGAGUGCAAUGCUGACCACAUUGCCUACUAGUGUACUGUUUUGGUCUUGAAUAAGGCGCUCUAAAACGCCAGGUCACCAACAAAGAAUCUCAGCUUCUUAGGUUCCUUAUGCUCAUAUCUGCCUCCACAUUUCCACAGUCAACCAGAUUUUGUGACGUUCUUUCGAAAUGUGGCUGCCAGCUUUUUUCGUCCGAGAGAUAACGACACUUUAGCUGGGGACCGAGGGCUCAUGAAAUUCCUUGAGCUUCUUGCUUAGAGUUUCCGUCAUUUAUACACCAAGAAAGUUUCCCCAUUGCAGGAUGACAACCGGAUCGUGAAAACCGUCCGUUUUAAUUUUGGGGACCAGCGAAACUCUUGCAAUGCUCCAAAAGUGUAGUCCCGAUGUUGAGACAUUGAAAGUUACAGAAAUUUAUAAACCACUAACCUUUUUCGUUACGGUCACCAAGACAUGCCCCCCAUCGCAUGCCCGGGCAACCUGCUGUCAGAAACCACUUUGACAAUCGGAUCAGAUCACCCACCAAAAUUACAAUGUCACCUUAAGGAAGCCUAUCCUGAAUUGCGUGUUAUAAUUCUCGUUAACGCGGAUUCGAAACUCGUGGUCAAAAUCCUGCUAAAAACCAGCACCCAGAUCACAGGGCGUACGUUAUGUGCUGAUUGUUUUUAAAUUUGCAAAUUUGAGCCAAUCCUUGAAUUACAGCUCCAUGGUAACGCAAAAAAAAAUGUUUCUGGGAAAAAAUACAGCUCAUAGCGACCCGCUUUCGUCCUUCCCAUCAUGUAGCCUCCCCUGAAUACGGCAUGCAAGUGGAAUAUGUAAGUUAGUUUGCAGCACACAUCUCUCCGAACAUUAAUCAGGAACCCACUACUUUCCGGGAUUUGGAAAGAAAAACACUUUCUUCGGGGAUGAAACCCUCAUGGACUCGUAUCUGUAAACGUAAACGCAUAUACUAGACGUCAGCUAGGCUAAACCACAUAGAACUACCGUUCUGAUAUUGCUUCACGGUUUUACUCCAGUUUCAAACUAUUUCCCCAACUGUCUACCCAUUUUGCGGGGCUUUCAUUGCUUCCUACCCUAUUCCUAGCAUAGCGUAGGAUUCUUUGCGACAAUUCCAGUCAGCCUCAGAUUGCUCAGCUGCUUUUGAAACACAGCGACUUCGAUAGGAGCGUUAUCAUCCACCUGUUCGCCCUCUGUACAGAACAACAUGGGCUCCAGCGGAAUUUGCAGGAUUUCUAGCGAAGGUCCUAUUUUGGUCCAGACUCAUCCACUGAUUUGGUAAAUGAGCCUUUAGUUAUCAAGCCUAGGAGAUCCCCGUGGCCAUGGAUCGUGGUUAGAACACUAAUCUACUUCGUAUGUAAUAAUCCACUGUCGUUAAGUAUGCGGGCAUUCCCUUGACACUUAGGCCGAGUCAACCCAUUCAAAUUAACUACUAAUUUCGUUGACUGCUCUGAUGGCCAAUACUCUUGUGCUGCAAGUUGUUCCUAUCGUGGGCAUCGGUCUCGAUCUUCGCUCGCCACCAAUUGGCAAUCCCCUGCCCCAAAAAUUGUUUUCGAAACGAGGCAGCCACCAUGUGGUGCACGAUGAACUGAUGAACUUAGCCGAAAUUUUCAGAGACCGAUCCACUGCAUAAACCAGACUUUCCCAGAAUCAGUGCAUUUGCAGCUACUACGAGAGUUCUCAGAUCAAUGCAGUGGUCACUUGUAUAUUGUGAAGCAAUCGAGGCUCCCAAUUUGCAUGGUCAGAAAAUCCCCCCUUCCCGUAGUUGGUUUCAAAGGCUGCACGGCUCAUUAGGGCAAGGCAUUGCUAGCCUGACUGAAAUCAGGGUUCGCGUUCCCUGGAGACGAGUGAAGAAUAGAGUGCAUGAGUUCCCUAAAAUUAUGUUCACCAUGCCCCGGGAACCAGUAAGCCUCUUACAGGUCAGAUAAUGAAUCCCAACAGAGCGUUGAAACAAUUCGGUUCUCGGCAGCAGAUGCAAAAAUUGUAAGGGUAGGCUUUGGCAGGAGCACCAGUCAGUGUAAUGAACAUGCUAAAAAAAUGGCCCCUUGGAAGAGUUACUUCCAUCCAAAUCUACUUCCAUGGUCAAACACCUUUCGUCCAAGGUGUCAAGUAGGCAUUUGUGGGUUAACGUGAAGUCCGUCUGUCCAAAGGGAUCUAUUGCUAGUCCAUUUACACGGGACUUGAUAAUGUUGAGUGAGUUUAAUUUGGUGGUUGAAUGCAUUACUUACUUGAGCUCGAGCAGCGUGGUACUGAGUACAUCCCCACCGUUAAUGCAUGGUCCCAAAAAGAUGGUGUCGCGGUGUCAAAAGAAAAUAUCAUCGCAAUGUUGCUCAAAGAAAAUCAAUGUCGUCCGUCUCUAGUUAAGUUAAACGGAGUGAAUUUAAAAUACCGGAAGACAGUGACACACUUGAAAGUCAGAAUCGCAGAACCCAGCAUAUGUGGUUGCGCCCAGACCUGAUCAAACUGUGAAUGGGGUCUGGGGUUUUUUCUUGCAUGUUGUAUCUACGAAUCCACUGCGAUUUAUAAUUUUGUGAUUACGGCGCAAGGCAGAAAACGUCGAAUGGUUUUAACCGUUGCCAUGCAGGUAUAUGGGUUUUCUUCCUCUUGAUUUAGGGAUGAGGAAGGUGGGGAACGGGAUUUAGUGAAGAGCAGAUAGAAAGAUUAGGACCGCUUACGUUCAAAAAGUUAUUAGAUGGGAGUGUUGCAUCUCAUGUGAGAAAGGUCGCACCACACAUAAGUCCCUUCGGGACUUCGGGCUCAAGAUGGGCUUCUCUUCUCGUAGGACCUUGAGUUCAGUCAGGCUUUUGUUGUGUAUGAGGCAGAUUCAGAGGACUAGUUUCAUAUCGAACGUGACUGUCUAGCAUAGUAUGAUAUCCGCACGCAAUAUAAUCGAAGAGGGCGAUCAGACUCUUGCCACUAAGCCUCACCAGGGGUUACCUGGUACCUAGCGAACUGGGAUGGCCCCUGAGAGCAUAUGCUCCGAAAGAAUUCCUGGAUAAUGUAUUCUCAGCGCGGUUAUUUCCGGUUGGCCCUUGUGGACUUUUAGGAUGGUUGUAUCCAUAUCGCGGGCGGAGUUCCUUUUGGUUUCAAGAGUGGAGUUGCGUUGCACAACUCGGGCGCCAUACCCCUUAGUUAAACUAAAGGGGUUAGAUAGGCAUCGCAUCCACUGGUAUGAAUGCUGAGCCUGCAUUGUGCCAGUCACGGUGGGGCUCAAAUUGUGGUCUCCAAACCUAUCCGUGUCCGAAGAGGACCGUGGAAUUAUAUCUGAAGAGCAAGUACUCACUUUAA